AUGACCGCCGCCCCUGCUCUCUCGCAGCGGCUGUGCACCCCCGUGUACUGCAGGUACCAGUUCUACAGGACCCCAGUGCACAGGACUGAGGGCCAGCCCCAUGGGACCCACGUCUACUUCCAGGAUAUCAACGUCAUCUUCCUUGGGGCCAUGCACCCCAGCGACCUGAGGGAAUACCUGGAGGGCCCCCCGAUGGUGGUGGAAGUUCAUGACCGGGACCGCAAGUCAGAGGGGUAUUCCCGCAAGCCCGCCCUGUUUGGGGAGGACCCGCUGGAUUCAUACCUCAACCUCCAGACCCUAAUUUCCCCGAAAGAGACGGAGAACAACCCCUUUGAAACCCAGGAUAAGAUGUGGGACCCUUACGGGGUUGCCCAGGUCAGCUUUGCCGACCUCCUCCUUGGCCAGAAGUACUUGAACCUGGUUGUCCCCGUCCACAGCUGCGAGCCCAAGGCCACGCGCCUCGGCCAUGACAGCAGGAGCAGGAAGGCGGUGGGGUUGCGGGUGCCCGGAGACGGCCUGCGGCACAGCCCGAUGCCCCCGGGCGACUACCUGGAGGCCAGCUGCCUGCUGAAGCUGCGGGCGGGCGUGGCGGUGCCGCUGUGGCCCGGGACCGAGGCCCUGGACGCCCACCCCACGGCCUCCCAGUUUGGCCGCGUCAUCUUCGUGUUCACCUCCAGUAAGCUCUCACUCCUGCACGGCCUGCUGCAGGACGUCACCGUGAUCAACGCCGGGGCCCUGGGCCUGGACUCCUGCCCCGUGGAGGAUAUCCAGCAGAUCCUGUCCGCCUUGAAGAUGCCGGCGAAGAUCCAGGAGCGGCCGGACCUGGACGUGCUCACUGGCUUCCACCUGCUGGACGGGCGGGGCCACCUCCUCAUCCUGGAGGGCUUGGCCGACCGGGGCCUGAGGCGGCUGUGGGAGAGCCACCAGAGCCGGGUCCCGCAGGCAGAGCCCGGCUCCUACAAGGCGCUCUACAACUCGCAGCUGCGCUUCCGCCGCCGCCUCUACGCCGACCUGGAGACCGUCCCGUACCACGUGCACCUGUCCCGGCCGCUGGCGCAGCUGAUGAAGCACGCAGUGCUCUACGUGCGCAACACGGUGCCGCGGCAGGUCUUUCAGGCACUGAGCAGGAUCUACUGCAUCUGCCAUUACAGCUCCAGGCUCAGGGAGGUGAUCACCGGGGACCUGCUGCCCUCCUCCUCCAUGAUCAAGGGGCUGAGCCAGGAGUUCGGGCUGCCCAUUUCCCCGGAAGAUCUUACAGAGGGAAAACUGCUGGCUAUGUCCCCUCCUCCUGCCCCCAAUCUGGAGGACUUCCAGAGCCGGAAUUUCACCCUCACUUCUGAGAUCCAGGCCCACCAGGAGAACCACGUCUGCUCGCAUUUCCAGGAGCCGAGGAGGAGACUCACGCACUCCCAGAGCUACCUGUCAGCCACAGUGGAGCCUCAGGAUUCAGAGGAGAAGAGAAAAGCCGAGAGGAAGUCCCGUGACGCCUGGCUCACACCCAACGGGUUCCAAGUGACCGGUCUUCACAGCACGGGCAGGACACAUCACCUGGGGCUGCCACCCCUCGGUGCCGUCACAGAGGAGUGGAGGGAGAAAGCGCUGUUUGCUAACAUACUGGAGCCAGUGCUGCACCGAGAGAGCAGGGGCUGGGACCGGCGCCCCCAGGACUUGGAUCUGUACACACAGCCGCCGCCGGCCCCUCCCGCGCCAAAGCCCGGGACAGCAAAGAAGCUGCGGUGUCAUCGGGAAGAUGAGCUGUCAGAACGCCGGCAGCAGGCCUAG